AAUUAGAGAAAAUAACAGGCUGCGUUUACUAGCCACGAAGUAGCCCUACGAAAGCUCUGCUGCUGGGUUUGAUUUCAUCUCAUUAUGUUGUUCUCAAAAGACAGAUAAUACCAAAUAGGAUAGUUGAAAGAGCAUAAUAUCGGAGAUUGAAUUGCUGACACUUGUUUCUGGAGACGCUGAAUGGAUGGACGGAUUAGGCCGACAUUAGCACACCCGCUAACAGGCUAAAGUCUGUUACUAAUGUCACAGCCCUAGCCCAGGUAGACCGUGAGAAGAUCUACCAAUGGAUCAAUGAGCUUUCCAGCCCAGAAACCAGAGAAAACGCCUUGUUGGAACUAAGCAAGAAACGUGAGUCAGUGCCAGACCUGGCACCGAUGCUGUGGCACUCUUUUGGCACUAUCGCUGCCCUGUUACAGGAAAUAGUGAACAUUUAUCCAUCUAUAAACCCACCGACACUGACAGCUCAUCAGUCUAACAGAGUGUGCAAUGCUCUGGCCCUUCUGCAGUGUGUUGCCUCACAUCCAGAAACACGGUCAGCUUUUCUUGCAGCUCAUAUUCCUCUAUUCCUUUAUCCUUUUCUGCACACUGUGAGCAAAACACGGCCGUUUGAGUACCUGCGUCUCACCAGUCUGGGAGUCAUAGGUGCAUUGGUCAAAACAGAUGAACAAGAAGUGAUUAACUUCCUUCUCACAACUGAAAUCAUCCCACUGUGUCUCCGCAUCAUGGAAUCAGGGAGUGAGCUCUCCAAGACGGUUGCGACUUUCAUACUUCAGAAGAUACUGCUGGACGACACUGGCCUGGCGUAUAUCUGUCAGACUUACGAACGUUUCUCCCACGUGGCCAUGAUUCUUGGUAAAAUGGUGCUGCAGCUCUCCAAAGAGCCAUCGGCUCGUCUGCUGAAACAUGUUGUUCGCUGCUAUCUCCGCCUCUCAGACAACCUCAGAGCGAGGGAGGCGCUGCGUCAGUGUCUACCUGAUCAGCUGAAGGACAGCACGUUUGCUCAGGUGCUGAAGGACGACACAACCACCAAACGCUGGCUGGCUCAGCUGGUUAAGAACCUGCAAGAAAGCCAGGUGACCGACGCCAGAGGCAUCCCACUGGCUCCACAGUGAUGAGGUGUGAAUCCACUGUGGACACAGCUGAACUCAUUUAGGAUUUGUAUUUUGCCAAAUGUGGUGCCAAGACUGUCUUCACGCUUCAGGAAGACGUGGAGGAAGAUUUUGUUCUAACUUUGUGGAUUUCUUCUUGACUGGAUGUGGCCAGAAGAAACUCUAGAAUUUCACACCUGAGAUGAAUCUUUUAAAAAAUAAACUUAUUUAGAGAUUUGCCUUUGACAAUAGAAACGACUGUUGGAUGCAGGAAUGUGUUGGUGGGAUAAUAGUAACGUUUACUGAAUCAUGUCGUCUGUUAUACAUGAAAACAUUUAACUCUGAGUACUUGUAACAGAAUCUUGGUUAAAACAACAACAUUUAGAUGCUAGUAUUCCAGUUUGCUGCAGUAAUGCUACACACAAAUCCACAUCCAUCAUAAACUAAGUUUUCAGCUUCAAACAUAACUUCAGCCGUUUGUUUUUGUCUUUGCGUUUCGCAGCAGGUUGGUGACUGUUUGUGGACCUGUUUGUACCUAAAAGUCUCCAGUUCUGAGUCAAAUCUCAUGGCCUCAGCUGUGAUUGUUCAAUAUAUUUUGGAAAUAAACAAUUUUUACAGGA